GGGCGGCGCGGGGCGGCGGCCGCCCGGCUUUAUAGGGAGCGAGGGAGGCGGCGUCUGCGGGACGGGAGCGGAGGAGGCGGUUCUCUUCCCGUUCCCAUCCCCAAUCCCGCCGGGCGAGUGCGGGGCUGGGGACGGCGGGCUGGCCAUGGCCUCCAUGGCGGCGGCGAUCGCCGCUUCCCGCACGGCGGUGAUGAACGGGAACCGGCCGCUGGACGAGCGGGAGCGCAAGCGGUUCAGCUACUUCUCCUCGCUGAGCCCCAUGGCGCGCAAGAUCAUGGCGGAGAAGGAGCGGAUCCGCGAGCGCUACGGGCCCGAGUGGGAGCGGCUGCCGCCCCGCCAGCAGGACGAGAUCAUCGACAAGUGCCUGGUGGAGCCGCACGUCCAGGCCCGCUACGCCGCGCACCGCGGCACCGCCCGCCCGCCCGCGCCGCCCGCCUCCUACCCCAGCCUGCGCCUCAACACCGGGCAGAAGGUGGUGCGCUUCGGAGACGAGGACAUAACUUGGCAAGAUGAACACUCAGCUCCAUUCUCCUGGGAAACAAAGAGUCAGAUGGAGUUCAGUGUUGCAUCUCUCUCCAUACAAGAGCAAGGUGGUGCCCAGCUGCAGAAUGAGCAGAGGCAGCCUGUUAAAGCAGCACCUGGUGUCCAAGUCCCUAAAUCUUCUCAGGCCAAUAAGACCCCUGGUUCUGAGGGGUUGAUAGCAUCCCGAAAGGAAGAGGAAUCAUCCUUCUGGAAGAUAAACGCAGAGCGCUCGAAGUUUGAAGGAGACAAGUCUGAGUUCCAGUCCCUGACCCCCAGCCAGAUCAAGUCCAUGGAGAAAGGAGAGAAGCCCCUUCCCUCUUUUUACAGACAAGAGUCUGCUCCAAAGGAGAUGACCAAAGCUGAGAAGCCCAGCAUAACUAAACCAGAGAAGUCUGUUGCCCCCAGCACACCUUCUGUGUCUCUCGAGUGGGAGAAACCUCGACCUACUCAACUCCCUACUAGUUCUCUAGAUGACUUCUUUCUUCCUGAUCCACCACAGGAUCUGGCAUCUUCUAGGACAAACAAGGAAGAUACUGAUGGUACUAUACUUACAGACCCACAAAUGCCUGGACAGACUAGUACAAGCAAUGUAAUCUUGAAGACUGGCUUUGAUUUUCUAGACAACUGGUAAAAGAUACUUCAAAACAGAUCAAACCAACUUCGGGGAAGGAGUGGAACACCCUUCUCCUUGUAUGUUAAUUUACUAGCAUUUGUGUCUUUUUCUAGAAGUAACUUUCAAACUCUUAAAUGUUGCCUUUGUAUAAACUUUUGUAAUACCGUAUAUGUUUUUGUUUUUUAAACAGUGAUAGAAGUGUGUUUUCAUUUGGAUAUUUUUUAAUAUCUGUUAAAAUUUUUAGUAGCUACUGUAUUGAAAGGAUGGAAAAAGUUACUGUAUACAUGUUAAAGAAACACAAAUGAGUCUCUGUAUCCUAGAGAUGGAACCUACAGGACCAGCUUGCAAUUUUCAGUGGAAACGUUGCUAGCGUGGCUUGUAAGAAAUAGUGUUGCAUCUGCAGUGGUUCCAACCAUACUUCAGACAGCUAGCAAAAAAACAGUAUGAAAGGCAAGCACCCAGAAUUGCAUUGAUUUGUAGAUUUCGUUUCCUUUGAAAGUAUCUUUUGUACCACUUACUGAAGACAUUUUUUCUUCUGAAGAAGGCAAAGGCAUUGCCAAAAUGAUGGAUCCAAAAAAGCACUGUGUUUGUACCUACAAAUCUGCUAAAAUAACUUAAGAGUGUUAAAAAAAUUACCUGGGAAAAUGGUGUUUCUGGUGUUUGGAUUGAAGACUGGGAAGUGGGUAGAAAGGAGUGGGACAACACCUAACAAAUUGGAGAAAUUCUUCAGGGAACACAAUUUCACUGCCUCCUUACUAGAGCAUAGCUCUUCAUAAAACUAGUGCUGGAACUACAGCACUGAGGAUUUCUGGAGUGUAGAUUACCUUUGUGUCGGUAAACCACUAUGUUUAUGGGAGGUCACAGCAGUGUGAGGCUUUUUUGUUUUUUAAGCAGCUUAUCGUCUCAAGGACUCAUCAACUUUGGUGCUUUUUCCUCCUUGUGGGUUCAUCCUCUUUAGUGUUCAACAUCUGGAUUACAUUUAUUCCUAAGGUGCAGAGAGGCAUCUCAAGGUGGCCCUUGGCAAUGUUGCCUCCAGUUCUGCUUUUGAAUGAUCUUUGGUGUUUAAAAUGUAGAGAGCAAGAGUAGCUGUCCUUUGGAUCUGUUGUCUCUGAAAUGCAGCAUGAUUUACACACUGAUUCUCACUGUGUUUACCUCACCUUGAAGCCUUAAUUCCCCUACGCACAGCCAGUGACUGGUCUGCUCCAAUGCCAAAGGUUUGACUUUUCCCUUUACCUCAGCAAUAGUCCCAUAGCAUUUGUUUGGGGUAGAAGGCAAAACACAGGGCUCUAAUGGGUCCCAGCCAAGGCUGUAAGAAGGUCACCAUCUCCUAAGCCAUAGCUGUGCUAGGCUUCUCAUGGAUUAGCACUUGACAUUUGGUUCUGUGCCAGGGGCAGUUAAAUGUGCAGAAUUGGAUGCAGUAGGAUUUUUUCUGCUUGUUAUGGGAAGGGUUUGCAAUGCCCUGGAAGAAUCCUUGCCUCUAAUUGGUGUGCUGCUUGCUCUGAACAAGCAGUGUGCUGAUAGAGCAUUAAAAUUUACUUGUUGGACAAGGAAAAUGCUGUAAGCAUAUCCUCUCUUUUCUUGCCCCCACACCCCA